UUGUAUUUACAUAUGUAUGAAAAUAUCAACCGACUGUAGAACAAUGUUCAGAAAACAGUUUAUAUCAAUAAGAAUAUCUGUCGAUUAGCUCGAAAAAAACUUACAGCGGAUUAAUCUGCCAUUCAGUGAAAAUGGUUUUCAAUAAGUCAAAUAUACUGGUUAGAGGAAUUCUGAGCGAAAAGGAAUAAAUGAUUUAAAACACGUUGUAAAACAAGAACGCCUUUUUACACCGAGUGUAAAGAUGAAAUUGAACAGAACCGAGUUUCUCAUGUUUGCACUUAUUUUCAUUCACUUGCAUGUCGUUUCGAGUCAGACAUAUGAUAAGGCUGUUACACUUUUAAGAAACAAAACGUUGUUCUAUGAAAAGAGUCUCAGACCAGUUACAAACCAGUCAUCAACAUUGAUAGUAAAUGUUAGGUUUGAUCUGAUUUCUAUUCAAGAUUUUGAUGAGGUCCAAGAGAGCCUUACCGUUAUUGGUGGUCUUACAUUAACCUGGACAGAUGAUUUAAUGAAAUGGAAUCCUACGGAUUAUGGCGGAAUGAUAGACAUUGUUUCAGAGAGUGGUAAAUUCUGGACGCCAUAUUUGAUCCUCACUAACAAUGUAAAGAAGUUAGACAAAGUUGGACAAUCUUGGCAAAGGAUUCGUUUCACCAAAGAAGGUGUUGCUAUACUUAUUCAAGCAGACACGUGGACGACCAUGUGUAAAGCCGAUGUUAAGUACUAUCCAUGGGACGACCACUGGUGUGGAUUCGAAUUUUCUUCAGCGGCGUAUAGACUUGAUGAAAUGUCGUUGCAGCCUGUCUCAGACGCAGUAGGUACGCACUAUUACACAGAAAGUGGAACAUGGGAGUUAAAAGGUUCAGACAUACAAGUAAGUGAUGAAAAAUCCAGUGUGUUGUUCCGUAUUCAUAUUGCAAGAAAACCCCUUUUCGUUCUUGUGAACGUCGUUGUGCCAAUUAUUGCGAUGACGUUUCUGAAUGCAGUGAUAUUCGUGAUUCCUGCUGACAGCGGGGAACGUAUUUCGUACAGUAUAACAGUUCUUCUAGCUAUUGCAGUUUUUCUAACACUUGUUGGUGAAAACUUACCUAAAACAUCAAACCCCAUGCCAGUAUUCAGCUUCUACCUGUUAGCAGUAUUGAUGAUAAGCAUGGUAAUCACUUUUGCAAACAUUUUUAGUCUACGACUUUAUCACCAUGACAACACAGGCCCUGUAAAAGGCGUAUUUGCCAAAUCUACAAAAUAUUUGUUACACAUGAAUAAAUGCAAGAAGAGAAACAAAACAGUAGAACGUGCAACUGCAUCCACGAAAGACAAGAAAACCGGAAACAAAUCAAAUGUAGACAAAUUGGAUCUUUCAACGGGCUAUGAAAUCGAGGACAAUUCAGUAUGCGAAUACAGUUCCUGUUCUAUUAUGAAUACAGAUAUAACAUGGAAAGAAGUGAGCGUCACUUUUGACAAAAUAUGCAUAGUUGUUUUCAAUAUCUUUCUUGUAUCGGCUGCAUUCAUUUUCUUCAUGUGUGUGUACACUAAGGAAAAGAAACUGUAGGACCAUUAACACGAAAUCUUAAUUAUGUAAACUUUAAUGAAAUAUGGUACCCUUUUUUCAUCUUUUAGUAAAAUAUGUUAUAAAUUUAUACAAUUAAGUAUUUCUAUUAACACAAAUCAACGACCAAAUGUAUUUGACGUGUUAUUCAGUGGAUAAUAACUUUUACUUUUAGCAUAACGAAUACUGAAAAUGUAUCCGGAUAACUAAUAUCUAACUAUUUCAAAAAAAGAUAUGCUCAUAUAUAUAUUAUGUAUGUAUACAUACAUAUUAUAUAGAGAAAAUAAUUGAAUGAAGUAUUGCCAUGCAAUACAAAGUCCCCUACUAGAAGGCAUCUAAUUUUCUCUAUUGCAUUAUAGCAUAAUGAACUGAUAUCUGUCAAUGAUGUAUAAACAAUAUUGUACUAUAUAUACAUACAGUAUGUUAUAAACAAAAACCUUGGAUUAA